AUGGGAGACCAACGCUACGUCACCGAGAUACCAAGCAGUCUUAAACAGUUGGCCCGUUUCGUCGUACGGGGGUUCUACACGAUCGAGGAUGCGCUCGUGAUCGAUAUGCUGGUUCGGAAUCCCUGCAUGAAGGAAGACGACAUUUGUGAGUUGUUAAAAUUCGAACGGAAAAUGCUGCGUGCCCGAAUAGCCAUUCUGCGCAAUGAUAAAUUUCUUCAAGUUCGACUAAAAAUGGAAACCGGCCCCGAUGGAAAAGCGCAAAAGGUGAAUUAUUACUUCAUCAACUACAAAACGUUCGUGAACGUAGUAAAGUACAAGCUCGAUCACAUGCGCAAACGGAUGGAAACGGAGGAACGGGAUGCCACGAGCAGGGCGAGCUUUAAAUGCUCCAACUGCAAGAAGACGUUUACGGAUCUUGAGGCCGACCAGCUGUUUGAUUUCACGACGAGCGAGUUCCGCUGCACGUACUGUGGCAAUGCGGUGGAUGAAGACAGUUCCGCACUGCCAAAGAAAGAUUCAAGACUGCUACUGGCGAAGUUCAACGAGCAGCUGCAACCGCUGUACGAUCUGUUACGGCAGGUCGAGGGUAUUAAGCUUUCGCCAGAAAUCCUGGAACCCGAACCGGUAGACAUAGACACCAUACGAGGAAUCGCAAAACCAUCCACCAAAGUACCGACGGAGCAGUGGUCCGGAGAAGCCACUCGAUCCAGUGGGUUCGUCGUUGAGGAAACACGGGUAGACAUUACGAUCGGUGAUAGCGAUACGCUGGACACGACAACGCAACGCAAAGAUCGGCCUGUGUGGAUGACCGAAUCAACCGUCAUUUCGAACGACAUGGACGACAAUUCGGUUGAUGCGAUCCUGGAAAAAGCUGCCUUUACCUCCACCCAACCGCAAUCGACGGGCAGUAGCAGCACGGGCACGAACAGUACCACCACGAAUGUUAUGUCAACCCGCAGUCGGAAAGAUGCGGACGACAUUAUGUCGGUGCUGUUGCAGCACGAAAAACAGAGCGCCAACAACACAGCCAAUGAAGCAGUACGCGGUCUGGGGCAGCACAACGACGGUAACUCGAGUGAUACUAGCGACGAUGAUAGGGAUAUCGAAAAUGCAGACAUACCGGACGCCGAACAGCCGGAAUCGGUAUCCGAGGACGAUGACAUGCCUUCGGUGUUCGUAGCAGGAAAGCCAUAUCCGCUGGAUGAAAUUAAUGACAAGCUGAUAGCGGACAUGUCGCCGCAGGAAAAGGAAACCUACAUACAGGUGUACCAGGACCAUUUCAGUCACAUUUACGAUUAA